AUGGCGCCCAAAGUGAAAGCUGUCAAGACGAAGUCGACAACGUCGGCGGCACCGGGCACCCCGCCAAAGCCCUUCAAAAAAGCAGCCGAUGUGCUACAGCCGUUCAUCGACACUCUCGACCCCAGGCAUGUCUACAUCGCCCACAUCGACUCCAAGCCCGCGGACUUCAAGAGAAAGAUCUUCCUCGUGCCGGUUGGCAUGAAUGUUGUCGUCGCCGCACUCUUCGUCCUGCGCAUGUGGUACAUCCUGCCCUACUAUUUCAAGUUUAUUGAGUCUGCCGCCGGCUACCCGAAUGAGACGACCUUUUCGAUUCCCGACUCAACUUGGUCGGCACUUUUGUGGGAGAUCAGCAAGCGAGGCUUCACUCUGAUGCUGGAUCUGAUGCUUUUCGUCUUUGUCUGGCCGUGGCCUGUUGAGUUCGUUUUCGGCCAAACCUACGGCAACCCAGUCCAAUGGCGGUGGAACGUCGGCUUCCGAGAGAAGGAAAUCUACGUCCGGCGCAGCCGGGAGUGGGACCAGCAACUCGGCGAUAUUUUCAAGGAGAAGGAGAAGAACCAGGCGCUUCAGUCAAUUAUUCGACAGGCUACUUCGCCGCUCCUGCUGCAGGAGAAGACGGGCUAUCUCACGAUGACGGGGCAGUGGGACCUCGACUGGAACAAGAUGGUUCUCGCCCACAACCUGGUGGACAAGAAGGGCAUUGCCUUGGACGUCUUUAGAAACCUCGUCCUGGUAUACCACGAAGACUACGAGUGGAUGUGCCUCGAGGCAGAGGGCACGAACGCCAAGGAAGACGACAGACGGAGACAAGUCUUUGCUUUCAGAGAUGCGUUGUCGACCAUUGGCAAGGAGGAUCUCUUCUUCCGCUGGAUUGAAAUUGUGCAGUUUGAGUCGUCGCAGCCUGGUGGCUUCGGACCCGAGAAGCAGACCGAAGUCGCCAAGAAGAUUCGGGACCUAUUCCAAGAGCAGGGCGUGGAUUUCGACAAGCUCUGGUUUGAAAGUACGGGGACGGAAGGACCGGCAAACAUGUGA